GCAGGUGCCCUUGGGAUUCACAUGGGACAUCGAGAAGCUCACCAUAAAAACGAAGAAGUGGAUGUCAGUGAUGAAGGUAGUCACGAAAGGUCCGGCGACCAUCAUCACAAACACCAUGCACACUCGUUUCAACACUUUCAUGGACCGGUGAGUGGCCAUCACCAGGAGGUCACUUGGAAAGAUAAACAUGGCCACCAUCAUCACGAUUACAAGGCUCAUCCGGACUACAAAUUUCAUUAUGGCGUCGAGGAUCAUCAUACUAAAGACUUUCAUGGACAGAAAGAACAUCGCGAUGGCAAGGAACUAUCCGGCGAGUAUCAUCUCCACGAACCUGGUGGCAACGUCAGAACAGUCAAGUACUAUUCGGACCCUCAUGGCGGAUUUUUUGCUCACGUUGAAAAUCAUGGCGGCAACGAUCAUUCUGGUGGCACCUAUGGGAAGCACUGACCAUCGUGACUUCCUUUUCCACCAGCCCAGAUUGGAUGGAGCGCAGUUUUGUUAAGAACCAUUAAAUGGUUCCUGUUACUUUUGUUAUUUGUGAAGUUGUUAUUGUUGAAAGUUCCAAUAAAUAAAUGAGAGGGAGGAUCAAUCGAA